CCGCCCGCCGCGGCGUCGCCCAGCCCUGGCAGCUGCGGGCGCGGCGCGAGGCAAUUGGGACGCGGCAGCGGGGACGACGACCCAGGCGCUAGCGGAGGCCGAGCCAAGCAGCCUCGGCCCGCGGAGACAUGAGCGCGCGGCCGCCCGCCGCACCCCGGGCGCAGUGGCCCGGCCCCGCCGCCCCGUGAUGGGCUCCUGCGUGUCGCGAGAUCUGCUCACAAGUGCCCAGAAAGACUGCCCUAGGCCUCAGGGUACAGACCUCCUGAAUCAGGAUCUGACCUCCAGCCAGCAUCCGCCUGCUCUUGUUCCGGACCACGAUGGUGGCAAGGACAAGCAAAUGGAUUUCUGUUGGGAUCCGUGGCAGAGGUGCUUCCAAACCACCAAUGGCUACAUAUCCGACUCUAGAGCCUGCCCCAGCAACUACAGUGUGGCUGCCCUGGCCACCUCAUCCCUUGUGGGGGUGGUACAAAGCAUCAAGGACCACAUCACAAAGCCCACAGCCAUGGCCCGUGGCCGAGUGGCCCAUCUCAUCGAAUGGAAAGGCUGGAGCGUCCAGCAGUCAGGCUGGGAGCUGUCCCCAGGAGACGACGAGCAUUAUUGCUGUCUGCCUGACGAGCUGCGGGAGGCCCGCUUUGCUGCGGGUGUCGCUGAGCAGUUUGCUAUCACGGAGGCCACUCUGAGUGCCUGGUCCUCCCUGGAUGACGAAGAACUGCAGCCAGAGGACAGUACCCAGGGGGCCUUCCAGUUCCAAGACCUGGAGAGCAUCUACCUUCAGGACAGCCUCCUGAGUGGCCCUUCCCAGGACGACAGUCUCCUAGCCUGCUCCCCUGGCCUCACUCUCGAUGAUGGCUGGCCGUCACUGGAGGAGGAGCCCGCUAGCCCCACCCACCAACAUCGGCAGAGGCUGCCUGGGGCUCAGGGGCCUGACAGUGGAGGGGCCCACGUGCAUGGCUCCCUGCCCUCCGUGGACAGUGGGUCUCUCUCAGAAGACGAGGAUGAGGUAUUCUACAACUGAGGCGAGCUGGCCACUCCACACUUCUCUGGGAGCCCAAGGCACCGUCUGCUGGCACUGAAUAUGUCUUGACUCCUUGGGACAAACACAGGGUGGAGUGUGGCAGGGAUGGUCACUGUCAUUCUUGUGGAGACCACUCAGUGCCUCCAUGGACCUGCCCUCAACAGUGGGAGGGAGCCCCCUGCUUUGUGGGCUUGGCCCCUCUAGGGCCUCUGCCUUCAGCCCACUCCCAGACUCUAAGCAGACACCAGGGCAACUGGCCCCAGGAGACUGGCAGUCAGGCCCCUAGGAGGACACCAGGGGAAGAUUGGGAGAGUAGGGGAGUCAUUUGGAGGGGCCUGGGAAGCCAGCCUUGACUUGGGCUCAUCCUCUCUCCACUCGUCUGUCCCAUGGAAGGUGGGACAGCUUCUUCUGGUUAAGCCAUUCCUUGCCUCUCUAACAUCUCUGGAGGGUCUGUCUGUUCCUACUCUCUUACCUGGUUCCUCCGUGACCCCCGUGCUCCCAAGCCAAGAGAACCCACGUCUCCCCUUACCCCCUUCAUCUCCCACAGGGUUCUCUGGUGACAUUAAAGUAGUGUG